AUAUUCACAUACGCAUCUCGAAAUCGGAUUUUAGUUUCAAUAAUGCGUUUGUCAGUGGCUUUACUUGUUGGCGCCUUGCUGAUCUGGAGCGUGUUCUGCGAACCUAAAGUAAUAUAUAAGACGACGAAUUUAGAAUGCUUCACCAUUCCAAUGCUCACUGGUAAUGCCUCGUGCAUCCUGAAGGCCAUAAACUGGAAUAUGGCCGUGGCCCAGAUGGAUGUGUAUUUUCUGCAGCCUGUGAACAAUAUGACGGUUCGUAUAAAAGUCUUUAAACGAGACUACAGCAAUAAGUAUCAUCCGUUUUUGGUGGAUGUUUUGGUUAAUCUAUGCGACAUUAUUGGCCGAAGAAAUCAUAGCCCUUAUGGAAAGUACAUGUGGAAUCUGCUCAAACGUUAUACCAACUUCAAUCACUCAUGCCCGUUUUUGGGCUACAUGUUUGCACGUGAUUUAUUCAUAGAUGAGAGUGUUGUGCCUAUUAAGCUGCCAUUGGGCUACUACCAAGUUUCAUUGACUUCGUUUGAAAACUACAGAGACAAGCCACCCCUAUGUCUGGGUACGAUCAAGUUCUAUGCCCAGUCCAUGAUUCCAGUGACGUCGAAACGAAAUAGAACCAAGCCAAUGAACAGAACCAAUAUCCAGGAUACGCUGCAAACCGCCAUUAUACCCGUACAAAUUGGGAAUUAAGUGAAAUAUGAAUUGAAUAUGUUGCAUGAGAAAACUUUUUUCGACUUCAUUUAAAUCGCUUUAUAAUGUUACCUGUGAAGACCUGUACGUAUAAUUGAAUGUAGAUAACAACUAAAUGUACAUUUAAAUAUCGUUUAAUUGCGAAAAGUAAAUUGCUUUUCAACUGGAAACCUAUAUUCACAUACG